AUGGGUUGUUCGGGAUCAAAAUUCAAAUAUAGUUCAGAACCAAUUCCCGCCCGGCUGAGGCCGCUUUUGCUUCGAAAGUUUGAGAAGAUGAGAAGAUGGAGACAUGGAGUUUCUUUGGAAGACAAUGACUCAGUUACCUGUUCCAAGAAAGAACUGCUCAAAGAUGGGUUUUUUGAUACUGAUAAUUCAUCUCAUCCUCAUAAUUCUGAUCAUAAGAGCAGUUCUUCGCAAGAGGAUCAUGGCCUCAAUGUGGCCCCUGCACCAGAAUCUGAUGAAACUGCGCUUAAGAAUAAGAUGGAUCCCAAUAAGGCUGCAGAAACGGCGCCAUUGCAGCCUAUGUCACUAGCUAAAGAUGUGUCUGUCGAGGCACUAUUGCCAAAAGAGUCUACAAAUGAGUCCAAAAAAUCAAAGAAAGAGAAAAAUAUCCAACAAGAUCGCAAAGACGAAUAUAUAGAGAAGUUUGCAGAGAUAGAAACAACCGAAGAUGAGAACUGGGAAGAAGAGGACGGUAGGCUCAGCAGGUUGACCGAAAAAUGCGAUUAUCCUGGAUCCCCAAGUUUCAGGUUUUAUUGCAUCGAAUCAUUAAGCAAUAAAGAUGAUGGCUCUGAUAAGGAUGUUGAUGAUGAUGCUUCAGACAACUGUCUCGCCACCUCUGAAUCUACGAAUAAUUUUGAUGCGGGUUCUGUGACCAAGACAAAGAAGAAAGGAAGGAAAGUGAUCAGAUUAAGAAGGGUGAUACCCAAGGGAAGGUCAAGUGCUGUGAUGACUUUGCUGAAUGUUAAAUCAUGCUAUACUCCAACUUGCAUUCGCCGCGAUAAUGCUUAUAUACUCGCGGAAAAAGCAGUUGCUUGA